AUGAAGCAUGAGGCCAGAGCAGGUGGGAAAACUACAGGGUGCCGCGGACAGGCCGCUUCCAUUCUCUUCCAUUCUGUUUUGUUCUGUUCGGUGCUGUGUGGUUUUGCUGCUCUCCUGUCCGCCAUCCCUCUGGCAUCUGAGCUCGUCUUUCUGGGGCUCAUACCUCUCAUCACCCUGGCUCUGCGCUCCAGUGUGGGCGUGGCUACGCGGGUGCGUGGUGUCCAUUCGAGUGUGGCAGCUGACAGCCCCAGCAGCACCCAGCCGGCUGUGUCCACGGCUGGAGCCGUGCUCCCCAAAUCCACCGCCCUUCCCAGCAGCCGGGGCGAGUAUGUGGUGGCCAGGCUGGAUGACCUCGUCAACUGGGCCCGCCGGAGCUCCCUGUGGCCCAUGACUUUCGGCCUGGCCUGCUGCGCGGUGGAAAUUAUGCACAUGGUUGCGCCGCGCUACGACAUGGACCGCUUCGGCGUGGUCUUCCGCGCCAGCCCGCGCCAGUCCGACGUGAUGAUCGUGGCCGGCACGCUCACCAACAAGAUGGCCCCCGCACUCCGCAAGGUGUACGACCAGAUGCCCGAGCCUCGCUACGUCGUGUCCAUGGGGAGCUGUGCCAACGGAGGAGGUUAUUAUCACUACUUGUACUCCGUGGUGAGGGGCUGUGACCGCAUCGUGCCCGUGGACAUCUACGUCCCAGGCUGCCCGCCCACGGCCGAGGCGCUGCUGUAUGGCAUCCUGCAGCUGCAGAGGAAGAUCAAGUGGGAGAAGAAGCUGAGGAUUUGGUACCUCAGGUAGCG